ACGCUCACCUUGAGCCAUGACAGAGUUGCACCAGGCCGCAGCGGCUGGGGACUGUGAUCUGGUCGAGGAAUUACUGAAAAACAACCAAUGCGAUCCUAACCAGAGAGACCUCGACUGGAACCACAAGACACCGCUCCACUGGGCUGCGGCUAAAGGACAGACGGAAAUAGUCAGGCUUCUAGUGGAGAGCGGCGGACGGCCGUGUCUAAGGACGGAUAACGGCUGGACCGCCGCGCACUUCGCCGCCGAGGCGGGACGCCUGGGUGUGCUGCGUCUGCUCCACGCGCUCCAUGCCCCCGUAGACAAGCAGGACAUCUCCGGCGACCGACCCAUUAGGCUGGCAGAAAUGUAUGGACACGAGGACUGUGUUCGCUUCCUCCAAAUUGCAGAGGUGGAGUCCGAAGCCUACCGCCAGUCGGCGGUUCAGAAAGGCCUCUCUUGGGACGAGACGGACGAAGAGUGGGAAGAUCGGCAAAAAGAGAACGGAAUAGAUUUUAAAAAGUAACCAGGGAUUAAAGGAUGAAAUAAAACAGAUUUGUUCGGAAACAA